AUGUCGGCUUCCUCCGGCAACCUUCGGCCGGCGACCGCACGCGUUUCCGCCGCUGCGAUCGCUCCAGCCGCCGCUCCUCUUCUCGCGCUCCAAGCAGCCGAAGCUGCAGUGCGCCUGGCCUGGGACCCGCCACGCCUUUCAAAUGUAUCUGAAAUAUUUCCAGUGGCAUCUCCUCCAGGGUUCGACGGUGGCAAGACGGAAAGGCAAUAG